AUGUCCUCCGCCGGCUCCCUCGCGCACCUCCUCCCGCCCAGCUGGAAGGGCCAGGUCACAGCCUGGCUCGCCGAGGACACGCCGUCGCUCGACUACGCCGGCUACGUCGUCGGCGAGGCCGGCCGCACCGCCACCCUGUGGGCCAAGUCGGCGGGCGUCCUCGCCGGGCGGCCCUUUGUCGACGAGGUGCUCGCCCAGUGCGGCUGCUCCGUCGAGUGGCACGUGGCCGAGGGUGCCGACCUCGACCCGUCAGGCGACGGCGCGAGCUCGGGGAGGCUGCGGGUCGCGACCGUCACGGGCCCCGCGCGAGGCAUCCUCGUCGGCGAGCGCGUCGCCCUCAACACGCUGUCCCGCUGCUCCGGCAUCGCCAGCCGCAGCCGCUCGCUCGCGGAGAGGCUGCGGAAGGCCGGCUACUCGGGAAGGCUCGCAGGCACGCGCAAGACGACGCCCGGCUUCCGACUGGUGGAAAAGUACGGCAUGCUGGUCGGCGGCGCCGACGGCCACCGCAUGGACCUGAGCGCCAUGGUCAUGCUCAAGGACAACCACGUGUGGAGCCGGGGCAGCAUCGCCGACGCCGUCAGGGCCGCUCGGGAGGUGGCCGGCUUCAGCCUCAAGAUCGAGGUCGAGGUCCAGUCCGAGGCCGAGGCCGACGAGGCCAUCGAGGCCGGGGCCGACGUGGUCAUGCUCGACAACUUCAGCCCCGACGUCGUCGGCGUCGCGGCCAAGAGACUCAAGGAGCGUUGGCGCGGCGCGAAGCCCUUUCUCCUCGAAAUCUCGGGCGGCUUGACGGCCGACAACGUCGAGCCGUACGUGUGCCAGGACGUCGACAUCAUCUCGACGAUCGCCCCUCGGGCCGGUGCCCGCGUCAACUCUCAGGCCUGA